AUGGUCCUGCUGAAGCUGUCGCUGAUGGCCUUCAGCUUCGUGUUCUGGGCGGCCGGGCUGACCAUGCUGACCCUGGGGCUGUGGGCCAAGGUGGCGCUGGGCACGUACCUGGCGCUGUCGGCCAGCGCCGCGCCGCACACGCCAGUCAUCCUGCUGGCGGCCGGCGCCGCCGUCGUCGUCUGGGGCUUCCUGGGCUGCUUCAGCGCCGCCACGGAGCAGCGCUGCCUGCUGCGCACCUUCGGCGCCUUCCAGGCGGCCGUGCUGCUGGCCGGGCUGGCGGCCGGGCUCUUGGCGCUCUUCUACCGCCGCGACAUCGCGCGCGGCUUCCAGGAGGGGCUGCGCCGCGCCGUGCGCGCCUACGGGCAGGACGAGCGGGCGGCCGAGGCGCUGGACGCCCUGCAGCGCGCCCUGGCCUGCUGCGGCGUGGACGGCUACCGCGACUGGCUGGGCCGGCCCGGCAACGGUUCGGUGCCCGCCAGCUGCUGCCGGGCGCGCCGGGGCUGCCGGCACAGCCCGCCGCCGCCCGACGCCCGCGGGCUGCACCGCCACGGCUGCUUCAGCAAGGUCUCGGCCUUCGUCAGCGACAACAUGUUCUACAUCGCCACGGCUGCGCUCGGGCUGGCGCUGCUGCAGCUUGUGGGCAUCGUGCUGGUUUUGAAUAUUAGAAGAAAUUUAAAUGUUAAUCCUGAUUACAUUCAUAUGGAUUAA